AUGGCCUACGACAAUACAUUGGGGAUUAUAAUCAGUUUUUGGGUGGGUUUUGUUUUGGCCGCUUACUUUUUGUUUACUGCACUUUUGAUUACUUUACUGUGGUAAGGAAGUAGUUGUGCAAGAUGUGAGCGUUACUUUUUUGGGGUCUAUAGUUUAUUAUUUGUACUUUAUGGUACGACUGGUUGAAUACACUUUUUUAUGCUUAUAUUUUUUAAAAUUUUUGGUUAAUUUAGAAAAUUUUUGCGUUGCUAAGUUUAUAUGGCUGUAACAUGGAUGCUUUAGAAUUCUAUGACAUUUUGGUUAAUACAAGUUGUUUGUCAUUCUUUAUAGACUAUUUACUCUGAUUUUUAGGUUUUUAUGCAAAACGACUUUCGAUUUUUGAAUUUUUCAAGUUAUACAUCAAAACUUUUCCGCCAAUCUGCCAAUUUGACAUUUUUUAUUUUUUAAACUUCGAAAAAUUUUUUUUACAUUUUUAUUUCGAUCUAUUUACAAAUAUUUCAAUUUUUACACCUCUUUUAUUACUGAAACUCACUGUCAUUAUGACAACAUUUCGGGAUGACAUAUUUUAUGGACGAAUUUCAUUUGUUUUUCCAAUUCUCUUGGAUGUGUCACGUGGAAUUUAUCGAAUUUGCGUGAAACAAAAACGCUUUCCCGUCCCAAAUUGAGCCGUUAUUUAUUGUUUGUGGGCUCGUUAACGAUUUGCAUACGAUUUGGGGCUGUUUUUUGUUAUGUAACAUACGAAAUUUGGGCGAACUUUAAGGGAAAUUCUUGAUUUUUCCGCAAAUUUUUAUAAAAUUUUGAGUUUUUUUGAACUUUAGGUAUAUUUUCAAGAUUAUCAACGAGUUUAAUAUUUAUUAUUGUUAUCAGUAGAAUAUGCAUUAGUUACUUCUCAAAUUUCAGGCAACAAACAACUCCCAAACACCAGUGUCGCGUCGCGACCAAGAAUCCGGCAGCUUUCUCCUCAACCAAAGCUUGGCCGAGGAUCUUGUUGUGUGGCUCGGUUAGACGUCUAGGAAUAUAUGAGUUUGUUUGUGUAGGUGGACGAGAGUUAGUUCAAACGGUAAGUGAAUGGAUUUGGUGUUUAGUUUCGGGUUGGGGAAUAGCAAAUGAUAUUACACUUGGUCAGUUGGUGGUGUUGCCGGGGAAUUUGAGGUUUUGGUGGGUUGUUCGAGGAUUUUACGUGAGAGUUUGGUAUGAAUAGGUAGAGGAGAGAUUGUAGAAGCUUGGGCAACACCAAUGGGUUUUAGAUCUAAAUUUUGUGUUUUUGGGCUAAAAGUUACGUUAUAAUUGAGAGCUUUGAGGUUCCGACCGGGAAUUUAAAGUUUAGGUAUGUUAUUGAUGAACUUUAUAGAAGAUCUUGGUAUGAAUAAGUAGAAAAUAGAAUGCUAAAGCUUAUCCCAACAAGAAAAAUGUAUUUUAGGUAAAAAUUUUGCAUUUUUCAUCAAAAAUUAUGUUAUUCAUGAGACAUUUGGUGGUGUUGCGAGGGAUUUGAAGUUUUGGUCGGCUGUCGUUGACAUUGAUGGGUCGUUUUGUAAUUAAUAGUUAGUGGAGAACUUGGGAAAGCUUAUAGAGUUAAUUUUAUGUUGUUUUCGACUAAAAUUUUUGAGUUUUGACCAAAAGAAACGGAUUUUCACCUUUUUUGAGAUUUUUAAAUUCUGCUUCAAACUUCGCGCCAAUUUUGAUUCUUGGAAUGUGAGCUACUGUAUAACUAUUUAACAUAACAUAAAUGAUAAAUCAAAGCAAAAUUUUUUUAGUUUUGAUAACAGCUGAUAACGCUUUGCCAAAAAAGUCCCGCUAAAUUCAAAAGUUCAUGUUUUUAGUGGAUUUUUACGCUUCUUAAGGAGCAAUUUAGGUAUUUUUGAUUGAGAGUAGUUAGAAAAUUAUUAUUUCGAUUGUUUUUCUAUUUAUCGUACUAAAAUUUUUUGAAAUAGUUAUUUUUUCAAUUUUUUGCCUAUUACAACAUAAACUCAAGAAUUCAAGGCUUUCCCUACUAAUAAGCCGAUCGACUUGUACAUUUCCGUUGCAAAGUACACGGAAAGAGUCAUUACACCUUGUAUUUACAUGACAUUCGGCCGAAGAGUGGGGUGGAUUAAAACCGCCGGGCUGGAUUAGAAACCUUUUAGUGCGUUUCGGCCGGAAAAAAAAUUUUCCCAAAAAUUUUAAUGCCGUUUUGUGUGCAAAGAAAGCGCGCGCCGGUGCAUUGCCUCAAAUUAAUUAUCUUGUUUGUAUAUUUAAUUAACCGCGAAAUCUCGCAAAAUGUCAUAAACAAGAUUAUUGGGGCGCGGAUUAGGGGUUGUAAUUAAAAUUUCCACACGUGCUUACGCAACCAACGACGUGAAAUUUUUUGCGUGGGAACCUACCUGGGACAGGAUGAUUAGCGCUGGGUACUUUUUUUUGUUUUGGAAACGUUUAUAUAAAGGGUUUGGGUUAUGACAAAUUCUUAAAGUAUUAGUUUGUGUCAUAUUUGUAAAUACUUAGGAGGAAAGGGGGGGGGGUAGAAAAAAUUCUUUGGUAUUGAAAUCAGGGACCUCGCUACAAAUUUUUUCUAAGGUAUGGAGUGGAAAAUUUUUUUUGGCAUUGAAAGCAAUGACGUUGGCACAUUUUUUUCUGUGGGAGGGGGAUAGCAAAAAAAAAUUUUCUUAUUUACAGUUUGCUAGCGAACUCAACACCCAUUUUUUGUAAAAAAUGUUAGUUUAGGCUCGAUGCAUCUAUCUCAUUUACCUUACCCCACUUUUUGCUAGGUCCCUGACUGAAAUAUUUGUGCACGUUGGUUUAGGCCUUUAAAAUCAGUUUAACUUAUGCCUUCUGGGCCUAAUUUUUCUUUGACAGACCUUCUGAGCUUUUUAUAAAUAAGGGAGGGGAGAUAUGAAUUAUCUGACAUAUUUUAUAGUAUGGGCAAGCUACUGUUACAAGAAGCUAUAAAAAGUUGUAUUUUUAGUCAAAAAUGUCACAAAACAGCUCUAAAAUAAAAAAUUGAAAAAGAAAAUCCUAUGUUUCCAAAUUCAUAAACAAAAACACUUAAUUUAAACGUAAAAAAUUAUUAUACAUCAAUUUUUCAAUUUUGAUAAGCCAAUUGUGACAAUUAAAGUUGAUUAGACUAAUUUAUAAGACUACCCUAUACCUUAUUUUCCUACUAGUUACUAGAAUCUAACAUAAUAUGAAAAUCCUGAAAAUGUUUAUGAAAGAUUUUUAGUGCAUUUUAUUAAGCAAUUCUGCCAUUUCUUUUCGUUUUUCUUUAUUUUUUCAAAAAAUUGGUGUAAAAUUAAAUAAAAAGCUUAUAAAAUAAACUAAAGUUUUGUUAUAUUAACAUACUGUCAUUAUAUUCAUCUUUGUCAUCUUUAGGUAAUAUUUUUGUGUAAAAAAUUUUUGGUUUAUUUACUUUUAAAAAAUUUGAGUUUUUCGAUUCUGCACUUACGUUUAGUGCCAUUUUAAAGCCGUUUCAAAUCUUAACUCAUUCAUAAUGUACUAUAAAUAUUGUCCUUUUUUAAAUGUCAUAAACUGAUUAACCUUAAAGAAGAAGAACAAAGUCUUUUAAGCUCUACACCUACACUGAUUCCAAAUGAUAAUACGUACUUUUAUUUUUGGAUAAAGCUAUCGAGAUUCAUAAUGAAUUUUAGAUUUAAAAAAAAUUAAAUUUAUAUUGAUUUUAGAAAUUUUAACUAAAAGAAGCUACGUAUUGCCAUUUACAAUUAGUAUAUGUGAAAAAGCUUAUGACUUUGUUAUUUUUCUUUUAAGGUUAAUCAGUUUAUGACGCUUUAAAAAGGACAGUAUUUACAGCUAUAUGAUUGAUUAGAGGUUUGAAACGGCUUUAAAGUGACACUAAAUGCACUUGUAAAACCAAAAAACUCAAAUUAAAAGAAAUAAUUAUGUCAAAAGCUUUUUGAACAAAAAUAUUUCCAAAAAGAUGACAAAGAUGAAUAUUGUGACACUAUGUUAAUAUAACAAGAUCUUAGUUUAUUUUAUAAGCAUUUUACUUGUUUUUACGUAAUUUUUGUUGAAAAAAUAAAUAAAAACGAAAAGAAAUGGCAGAUCUGCUUAAAAAAUGCAUGAAAACAAUUAACAAACAUUUUCAAGAUUUUCAUCUUAUGUUAGAUUUUAGUAAUACUUUAAUUGAUAUAGUUUCUAGUAAUGCGUGGAUUAGAUACAGGGAAGUCUUAUAAAUUAGUCUAAUCAACUUUAAUUGUCACAUUUGGCUUAUCAAAUUGAAAAUUUGGAUUAGAAUAAGCUUUUACUUUUAAAAUAAACGUUUUUGUUUAUCAAUUUGAAAAAAUUGGGGUUUUUUUCUAAUUUUUGUUUUUAAAGCUGUUUUGUGAUAUUUUGAAAUAAAAAUACAAUUUUUUCAGUUUUUUUGUAACAGUAGCUUGAUCCUUCUAUAAAUUUUAUCAGAAAAUUGAUCUUAUUCCCUCUUUUAUUUAAAAAAAUCUUAGAAGGCAUGUCAAAGAAAAAUUAGGCUCAGAGGGCAUGAUCUAUAUUGAUUUUAACAGCCAAGCCACUGUGCACAAGUUGACCUGUACUAAAAAAUUAUUUUACACUACCAUCUCCUUACCCAUAAAAACUAUGACAAAAUGUUGAAAAAAUAUGAGUUGUCUUUUUUGAAUUUCAUAUUUUAGGCUGUUGUAUGACGUUUUGAAGAAGACUUUGAGUUUUUCUAAGUUUUUUGAUAAUUACUGACAAUAUGGUUGACUAUAAAAGAAUCAGAAAAAAUUUUUUUAAAUUUUAAAGUCGUGGUAUCAUAGACAAUAUAAAUUUCCAAUUCAGCAUUUUCGUUUUCGUAACAUCAAUUUUAAUAACAUUUUAAUGAACUUGGGCCUCCACAAAUUAGCGGAUAUUCUAAUUUCAGGUGCGCCAGGUGAAUUUAGACGCGUGCUCGAAGCUGGACACACUCAAAUUCAUUUCUGUUACAACGCUAAAACAUUGCUCGAGCGCAAAUUUUCGGAGUAAGUUUGUUUCCUAUGGUUUUGUGCUUUAGGCGUGGGUUUUUGGGUUAUGGCAUGGGUGGUUUAGUUUAGGCAUGGUUUUGGCGUUUUAGGCGUGGGUUUUGGAGUUUGGCAUGAGUAGUGUUGUUUAGUCAUAGUGUUUGCAUUUUAGGCAUGGGUUUUGGUGUUUGGAUAUGAGUUUUAGAUGUUGGGCGUGGGUAUUUUAGUUUAAGCGUGGUUUUCGUAUUUUAGGUAUGAGUUUUGUGUUUUUGGCGGGGGUAGUUUAGUUUAGGCAUGGGUUUUGAAUUUUAGGUGUGGGUUUUGCUUUUUCGGCAUGUUUUAUUAUUUUGUAAUGGAGUUUUAGAUAUAAGUUUUUUGUUCCUGGCAUGGGUUUUUGAUUUUUUUUUAAGUUUUGGGGGUGGAUUUCUUAAUUUUGGCAUAGCAUUGGUUAAAGGCACAAAAUUGCAUUUUAAGUUAAAAAAGCGGGUAGAAGGUUCUUUUUCAAUAUGUAUUUUUAAAAAAAUUUUAAUUUUACCAUUUUUCAGCAGCCAAUCCAAACGUGGUCAGCCGAAUCCUGAUCUCGGAAAGAAGCCGUCGCAAAGAGUUGGCCGAACCUUCUUUCCUUUCCCCCUUCCGUCUUCAGCCUUUCGUUGACGUCGAAUUGUGUGCAGCUUGA